ACACACACCUCUCUGAAACACCACUCAAAAUAUACAGAUCACUCUAUUAAUGGACAUGUUCUCCGCUCAGCUUUCUGACUCCCCUGACCAGCCAGAGUCGAGUUCUUUCUCCGACGCCAGCGUCACGACCCUGCCGGCUUCUUCCUCGGACGAAAACGUCAUAUUGGCGUCGAGCCGGCCGAAGAAGCGCGCUGGGAGGAGGGUUUUCAAGGAGACGAGGCACCCGGUUUACAGGGGCGUGAGGAGAAGGAACAACAACAAGUGGGUGUGUGAGUUGAGAGAGCCCAACAAGAAGAAAUCAAGGAUUUGGCUUGGAACGUAUCCGACUGCUGAGAUGGCUGCUCGUGCCCAUGACGUGGCGGCAUUGGC